GGGGCCGGAACGCGCGCGGUGCUGCAGCUACAGGGUCGGAGCAGAGGCCCGCUGGGCACUGCAGGGAGGCCCGCUCGCCGCACAUGGUGGCAGCGUGCCUCCGGGGCCUCCGCGCGGUGUCCGCGCCGGUCCGAUGCCGAUGACGACGGGCCCCGCCUAGCACGUCGCUGAGGAAUGAGGAGGAAUGCGAGGAGGGUCAGAAGAAGGGCCGAGGGGCAGCCAAAGGCAAGGC